GUUCUGAUCAUCUUCGAGAGAAAGAUGGACUAUGGGCUGUGCUAGUUUGGCUUUCAAUCCUAGCAGCUCGAAAGCAGAGCGUGGAGGAGAUCGUCAGGGAUCACUGGGCAAAAUUUGGCCGACAUUACUACUGCAGGUUUGAUUAUGAAGCACUGGAACCCAGAACAGCAUAUUUCAUAAUGAGAGACCUGGAAGCUUUGAUCACUGACAAAUCGUUCAGCCAUCAGCAGUUUGCUGUGGGUAACAAUAUCUACAGUGUGGAACGAACAGACAGCUUUGAGUACAUAGAUCCUGUGGAUGGCACUGUGACCAAAAGACAGGGACUGCGGAUUAUUUUUUCAGAUGCUUCCAGGCUCAUCUUCAGGAUGAGUGCUUCUAGCCAUGUGAGAGCUACUCUCCGGAUCUAUGCAGAGAGUUAUGAAAAGGAUCCUAGCCAACACAACAAGGAACCACAGGCUGUGCUGAGUCCUCUUAUAGCAAUCGCACUGAAAAUAUCUCAGAUUCAUGAGAGGACGGGGCGAAAGGGACCCACUGUCAUCACCUGA